UCCCUUCCCCAAAAAACCCCAAAAGUCGGCCAUUUUCUCUCUCUUCUUUCUCUCUCUGCUCUCUGUUUCUCAUACCAGUCAAGCUCUUCUCUGCAAAAAUUUAACAAAAACAGAAAGAAAAAAAAAAUUAUAUCAUAAUUUGAAAAAAUAAAUUUACGAUUCAAACUCUAAUUAACUUGCAGAAAUAGUUAUAUAUAUAUAUAUAUAUAUAUACACUCAAUUUUUUUAGUUUGUUUUUCUGAAUACUUUUUAGCUGGAUCGAGCUUCGUAAUGGCGAUUCCUGUAUCUCUGGAGGUCAAUAUGCAUGGAGGUUUGGCGUUGCUUACUCACGGAGCACUUCUUCUUUUCGCUUGACUUUAGGGUAAAAGCAUUUUAUUGGGUUUGAAGCAUAUAUAAUCGGAUUUAAGGAAGAUCCAGUCUCCUUCGGCGUGGCCUGUAUAUAUUUAGUUAUGAAUUUACUUUUUCAUGUUACUGUAUAAUCGGUAAGUUAGCAUGUUCUAGGUUAAGUCGGUGAGUUAGCAUGUACUAGGUUAAGGGUUUGUAUAUUUCCAGAGAUUGGGUUCUGGCUCUCGAAGACAGAUGUUUUGCCGAUUCAAGAGGGCUUAUCACUAUUCUGAGCUAAGGACGUCCUUAUUAUCAGUCUUUUUUAAUUUGAUUGACAGGGAGUGUACUGAUGAGCAUUGAUGGCGAUUGGGAUAAAGAUUUGCCGGAGUUAAACCACCACCAGCAAGACGGGAAUAAGGGAGUUAAAGAUGAGGUUGUUGCUGUUGAGAAACAACAACGGUUGCUGGGGGAAAAUGAGUUGAAAAGUAGUCAAAUAGCCAGGGGAGAUGUGAAAGAUGUGAAAGGAGAGAGUGUACAAGCCCAGGCUGUUCUGCAAAUACAGAAGCAACAGCCUCAAGGGGCAAUGGUUUGUUGGGAGAGGUUCCUAAAUCUUAGAUCCCUUAAGGUUUUGUUGGUGGAAAAUGAUGAUUCAACUCGCCAUGUUGUUACUGCAUUGCUUCGCAAUUGCAGUUAUGAAGUUAUUGAUGCUGCAAAUGGAAUACAAGCAUGGAAGCUACUGGAGGAUUUGACCAAUCAUGUUGAUCUUGUUUUAACUGAGGUGGUCAUGCCUUGCUUAUCAGGCGUUGGACUUUUAAGCAAGAUUAUGAGCCAUAAGACACGCAAAAAUGUUCCUGUAAUUAUGAUGUCAUCUCAUGACUCAAUGGGUCUGGUCUUUAAAUGUUUGUCAAAGGGUGCUGUUGACUUUUUAGUGAAACCAAUCCGGAAGAAUGAACUUAAGAACCUUUGGCAGCACGUUUGGAGGAGAUGCCACAGUUCUAGUGGAAGUGGGAGUGAAAGCGGCACCCAGACUCAAAAAUCUAUUAAAUCAAAAAGUGUUGAAAAAUGGGAGAACAACAGCGGAAGCAAUGAUGAGGAAGAGAAUGAGAGUAUUGGUCUGAAUGUCGGGGAUGGAAGUGACAAUGGGAGUGGUACUCAGAGCUCUUGGACAAAACAAGCAGUAGAAGUUGACAGCUCCCUGCUGGUGUCUCCUUGGGAUCAAAGAGCUGAGUGUCCUGACAGUACUUGUGCUCAGGUUGUUCACUCACAUGCUGAAACAUGUGGCAAUAAAUUAAUUUCUGCAGCUACAAGAAGGGACUGCCUGGAACAGAAGGAACAACAUGACAGUGCUGCAAUAGGAAGAGACUUGGAGAUAGGGAUGUCCAAUAAACUGACAGUACAACCUGAACACCCAAAUGAGGUUCCGGCCAAACUCUCAGGAAGAAGAAACAAUCUGCUUGAGAUAGGUUUCAGUAAAUUCAACGAGCAAAUUAAAGGACGGGUGGACUGUCAUUGUGAGAGUCCAUCCAGCAAGCUGAAGUAUGAAACUACCAAGCGGACAGGUGCUAUCACUAAUGCUACAGAUACUCAGAUAGGCAAGACAGAUUUUGAAGUUCAAAAUAGGCAUUCCCAGGUCUCAGACAUAAAGAAUAAAGCCAUUAAUAACACAGAUGAAAUGCCAUCCUUGGAGCUCAGUUUAAAAAGACUUAGAGGAGUUAAAGACACUGGGACAAAAGCACAGGAUGACCGGAAUGUAUUGAGACGCUCAGACUCAUCAGCCUUCUCAAGGUAUAAUGCCUUAUCAAAUGCUAACAAGACUCCCACAGGGAAUGUGGGAAGUAGUUCUCCACAUGAUAAUGGCAUAGAAGUUACAAAGAAAGAACUUCGUGAUAUUCGGUCUCACUCAAGUGGAAAUCCUCCCAAUAACAGCUCCAAUGGAGCUAGUAACAAUAUUGAUAUGGGCUCAACGACUAAUAAUGCUUUUUCCAAAUCAAUUGUUUUAAACAAGGCAGCAACUGCAUCUACUGUCCAACAUAUGAACCCAUCAGCUGCUUUCCAUCCUUUGAAAAAUGAUCUUUCAUGUGCUCCCAAGCAAGUCAUCAUGGAUAAUGCUGAUGAGGUAACAGCUAGUAGAGUACUAGCUCAAUCAAAGGUUGCCCACAAGGAACAUCACAUUCAACAUCUGCAUCACCAUUAUGAUCACCAUCAGAUCAAGCAUCAUGUUGUACACAGUAUUCAACAACAGCAAUCAUCUGAUCAUAAUGAAUUGUCCUUGAAGAAAUUGGCAGCCGCUGCUCCUCAUUGUGGGUCAUCAAAUGUUCUUAGUGGGCCUGUUGAAGGUAAUACUGGAAAUUAUAGUAUCAAUGGAAGUGCUUCAGGCAGUAACCAUGGGAGCAAUUGGCAAAAUGGGAGCAGUACUGCAAUUAAUGUUGGAGGGACAAACAUUGAAAGUGAUAAUGGAAUUGCUGGGAAAAGUGGAAGUGGUAAUGCUAGUGGGAGUGGGAGUGGGAGUGGAAACAGAGUAGAUGAAAACAAGUCUGCACAAAGAGAAGCUGCCUUGACUAAGUUUCGCCAGAAGAGGAAGGAGAGAUGCUUCCGUAAAAAGGUUCGAUAUCAAAGCAGAAAGAGACUAGCAGAACAGAGACCUCGUGUCCGAGGUCAAUUUGUGAGGCAGCCAGCAAGUGAGAGCACAAGUAGUGGGAAAGACAGCUAAUUCUUUUUUAUGCCUUUUGUUGAAUGUUACAAUAGAAGCAGACCUGGCAUAGAUCUGGUGUAACUGUGAUCGGUUUGCAUGGAAACACAGAUGUUAUGAACCCCUUACAAAUUAUGUGCAUUUAGAGGUGACUAUGUGUUGGUGGUGUAGAUUCAGAAUUUGGGGGAGCUGUUAGCGACAUAUUCAACUGUAUUUUAUUCCUGUACAAUUUUAUUGAUACUCUAAAGAUGAGAGGCCCUUAGCCAGCCCUAUGCAUGGAAAAACUGUUUUAUCCAAUGACCAAUGUGGUGCUGUUUUAUGAACCUGGCUAAUUGAAUUUAAGAAGACCAUUCUGA